GCUUAGUUAGUCACUGGCUGACAGUGUUGUCUUUCUUCUUUCUCGACUAAAACCACUGGCUUAAUUAAGUCGCUUGGAGGAUGUGGGCGACGGUGCAAGUGGAUUCGUCGUCUUCUUGCUCUUGUCGGUGUCACCACUGCGAUUAUUAUUAUUAUUAUUCCUAUUACUACCCCUGUGGUUGUUUGUUGUUGGUGUGAUUGUAGUUAGUGGUCUUAGUUAUUUAGUGUUUGUUCGUUUGUUUGUGUUCGUCUUCUUCUCCGCGACUUGGGACUCGAAGACGAUAGGAAGUACUACACCACCCCCCACGUACGCACAAUUACUGCAACAAAGCCGGAGAAGAAAAAUUUAAAAAAGAGAAGGAAAAGAAAGUAUACCCUAACCUUCGAGGGUGGAGUACGAACACCUUACCCCACCUUUUCUUUCCGUAGGAGCUAAAGAAAGAGAAAGUAUAUUAUACAGAAAGACCUAAGUAGUAUAUUAUUGUGGAUACCUCGGUUGUGUGAAUGCGCGUAUGGUGUGUGUGUUGUAUGUGUGAAAGAGAGAGAUAAAACUGACCAAAGUUCUCUCUAACCACCAAGCUACUGGAUGGAUGUUAAGUGUCUCUUUUUACACGGAGUAAGUAAAGCUUUUUAAAAUCUUUCAAUGGGAUUUCGAAAUGUCCAACCGUCUCCAUUCCCUCACAACUGAAAAACAACCAAUACCACGACCACAAACAACAACACUUUUUACUACCACAGCUGCCUUCGGUCUCUGGUUUUAUUUUAUAAAUUUGGAAUAACUAAUUAACUAUAUAUACAUAUAUAUAUAUAUAUAUAUAUAUAUAUUUAUUAACAAAACAUACCUUGCUUCCCGGAUUAUUUUGGAUAAACAUUUUAUUUUUUAUUUAUUCGUCACGAACCAACCUUUUAAAAUAUAAAUAAAUAUAUAUAUACAUAUAUAUAUUUAUAUUAUAUUAUUCAAAUUACAUCGAACGACAAACUACAACCAUCGCCAUACGCAAUUAACAAUGUGUCUCUCGCAAUUACUCACCUGUGUUUCCCAACACACCGGACCUUACCGCUGUUCAUCUCUCCAUCAUAUGCAUAAACAUUACUGGACUUUUAUUUACCUUAUAUUUUUACAAGUUUAUAUUAUCUAUGGCCAAACCUGGCUAUGCCCACCAGCUGACCAAUCCGUCCCUGUGGGAUCUAAUGUAACAUUAUGCUGUAUCACGAAUAACGAAUGUGAAGUGUUUUGGAUAAGGGAUAACAAUAUGAUCAUCCGCAACAUGACAAUAGUUACUUCAUUAAACAGGAAUCGUUACAAGGCUCUUAGAAACGGCGAGUUUAUGAUAAUAAAUGUAACAGAAGCAGACGAUAAUGUCUAUGCCUGCAACUGUAUGACAUCUUCAGAUGUAAUCAAUGGAAAAUUAAAACUGAAUGUUUUGCUACCACCCGGGGUGCCAGUCAUCGACGGCAGCCGAAUAUACAAAGAAGGGGAACGUACAGAUCUGACCUGUACUUCAACUGGCGGCAAGCCUCCACCUCAGCUUUACUGGACCUCAAACAACAAAAACUACUCUGAUAAAGUAACCCAGAAUGGUGAUAAGUCUUCAAUUGUGCUGAACAUCGAAGUGAAUCGGACGUUAAAUGGGCAACAGAUUUCUUGCUUUGCAGAGAAUUCCGUAAACAAGAACAAUCCAUCAGAGACGAAGGCGACCCUCAAUGUACAAUAUGCACCAUCAGUUAAAGUAACCCCUGAUUACAAUCCAUAUAAAGUUAUUGAGGGUACUUCUGUCACAUUGACGUGCCAUAUAGAUGCUAAUCCAAAAGCAACGGAGGCACAUUUGUGGAAAGGAUCAACUCAACUUCGAAGUGCAGCCAACAGUGAAUUAAAAGCUGGAAAGUUCUCCUUUAGGAUUACUGCUGUAGAUAAGGGUAUGCAUGGCUCCUACAGAUGUGAAGCAGUCAAUGCUGUAGCAACCGGCAAAGCAUUUUUGUCUCUUGAUGUUUUAUAUAAACCGAAACUCACAGUAGUGCCGAAAGUUGUGGUCAACAUCACCGACCCAGUGCAGUUCGAAUGCCGUGCAGAUGCAAACCCAAUGCCAAACGUCUUACGCUGGACCCCGUCUGUUGGAGUAGAAACUACUAGACCUUCCAAUAUACUCACCAGAUUGACCAGCAGCAGUGCCAGCAGACUGAUUGCCAGGGAAUAUACAUGUGAAAGUACAAACUCAUUGAUACCUUCUUUAGGAGAUGCAGUCCUCAAUGCAAAUUCCAGUGCAGUUACAACUCUGUAUGUGCGAUAUUCACCAGGCAAUGUAGAAGUUACUUCAAAUAGCAUACCCAUAAAAGGAGCAGAACCAAUUUCUCUGACGUGCAAAGUGGACCCUAAUAAUUCUGGUUACCCAUUGCCGACGUAUGCCUGGAAAAGAGAAGGUCAGUCGAUUGGAAACAGCUCCUCAACGCUCACUAUUGACAAACCCCGCCUUCGAGACAGUGGUCGGUAUACUUGCAUGGCUCAGAACCAGAUGGGGAGCAGCAACCAGGGCGCUAUAGUCGUAAACGUCAAAGAAUAUCCUGAAAUCACCACUGGUCUACCCUCAAACACGAUAAAAAAUGAGAAGGAGCGUAUCGGUCCAUUAAGAUGUGUAGCCUAUGGUAACCCAGCGCCAACGAUUACUUGGUGGAAGGACGGAGAAUUGGUCUCUGGCCACAAUUUCAAAGUGCAAAGCUCAAGCAACAACAACAUUGUCACCAGCAUGUUGUAUUUUGAAAGUCCGUCACAAGAUAACUCAAACCGGCUGAUGCCAUCUGAUACUGGCAACUAUUCUUGUAUUGUGAAGACAUCGUUGAAUGAUAAAUUCAAAAGAGUAUCCACAUUUUCAUUGAUAAUUAGAUCUUCACCUUCCAUCAAAGAAUUGAAGAAAAUUGUUGCCAUUUCUCUGAAAACCGCAUCGAAUGUGUCUAUCGACAUCGAAGCUUACCCUGAACCAAAUUUUUCCUGGCUUAAAGAUAACCGACCGGUUUCCAUUGCUUCUGUCACAACAGAGAUCAAUGUCAAUACAUUCCGUUCUACGCUAAUCUUCCCUUAUGCUGUCUCUGACAACUUAGGUGUUUAUCUUGUUAUUGUGAAUAACACCAUUGGUGGCAUAACAGCUAUACGAGAUGUCCGUAAAAGAAGUGUUCCAGAUCCACCAAAGGAUUUAGUAAGCAUCGAAGCCACUUGGGAAUCUGUGUACCUACAGUGGACCCCUGGUUUUGAUGGCGGGGAGAACCAGACAUUCCUCAUCUACAAAAUCCUAACCUACAGCAGGAAAAGAUCCACUGAUAGGGAGGUGCUUGUUGGAAAGACCAAAGUUUCCCACUACAACGUGACAGAUUUGCUGCCCAAUACAUCAUACAAAUUCACAGUUCGUGCUAUGAAUAAACUCGGUAACGGAUCCUUCUCAAAAACCUUCAGUUUGAAGACACAAGCCCUUAUUAUUCCUAUACCAGAGAAUGUGAAGUAUUACGAAUCAACAAAACUUAUAAAGUUCAUAGUGAAAUCGGAGUACGAUUGCUGUGCGAGUUUACUCAUUGAUCGACAGAUCCAAUCUUUGUGGUGCAACGUAACUUUGUUGCCGAUGCAGAAUAACACUUUAAAAAUUGGAUAUACGGAUGUUUUGAAGUUGCAAUUACGACUCUGCCUCCGGCAAAGAAACGAUUUGUGUGGAGGCUAUGUUGAGGCUUCAAGAGUUAAUACCAAGAUGUCUGAAAACACGUUGUCCACCACGCAUAUGAUCAUCAUCGCUGUCGUCUGUUCAGUGAUUCUCAUCGUAUUGGUCAUCGUCCUUGUUCUCUUCCUCUACUGGCGGAGCAAAUCCCAAAAGAAACAAUACGGCAAUGAAGUCAACUAUCCCCAUAUACCUAACGGAAGAGUCGGGAAUGGAAUGCCCAGCCAGCAGGUGUAUGAAAAUCCAGGUAUGAACACUGUUGACGGCAAAAUGAAUGUGCAUGAAAAUGGUUUGCCACCUGUAUCCUAUUAUAACCUUUCUCCUGAGAAUGGUCCGUACGGAAAUGCAAAUGGCUACAUUGAGAACAAACACAACACUUCCAGUGAACACACCGAUGAGCUGCCGCCUUACACUGACAAUGACAUAGCUCAUGAGCUGUCCGACGAGUCUGACCCCGAGAAACCCUAUGACACCUACAGGAAUGAUAACCCUAAUCACGAUGUCCCUCCCUCUUAUUCUGACGCUUGUAGAAGUCCAGCUGAAAAACCUGGAGAUCUUAACUUCUAUGGUCACCCUCAGUCUCCGACCAGGAACAUGAAUUUCAUCAGUCUCAACCCUGACGGUCUGCCACGGGAUACCAGCACCAGUGGACGCGAAAGUGGCUACUCCACACCAGACUCUUCACGACCUAAAAAGCAUCAGAAACCUGGAGAAAGCCAUCACCAAACACACUGCUGUCGGACACCUCAGAAGAGCCACCAUGAGGCCUCUGGUCAUCCAUGCGCCAUGCCCUGCUGCAUGGAAGACUUAAAACUUCAGUCUCCGAAAAGAUCAUCGUGCUUGCCUAAUUUUGGAUUGUUAAAGUCAUCGGAACGUUACCAUGAAAAUAGACGGCUGGUAUGGAACCGGCCACUAUUGUCAGCAAAAACCUUCAGCUUUCCUAAACUCGGAACGCGGCAGGUUGAACGCAAAACAGCAAUCACAAAAUCAGAAAAGACCAUUGACAAAGACCUGGAGUUGGUCUCUUGUGGCAUCAAACCGCCAAGACCUAAGACUAACAGUCAGACACUUCAUUUUGAUUUCAGUCGACCUGACAGUCAUGAUGAGGAAAUGGAAGAAGAGGAGGAGGAAGAGACAAAUAAAAGUUCAGAAAAGCUUCUUGGAGACAUUUCGGAUUUUACACGGGAUCCUCCAAAUACUUUCCGCCGGAGUAAGUCAACCUUCAUGCCCAUUCCACAAAUUACAGAAACACAAUUCAAUGUGGAUUUGUCAGAUGAAAUAAACCCAGCAGAUGAAGACAUCUAUGUCCAAAGUACCUCUCAAACUAAGGAGUUACCUACAACAACAGCCUGUUACAGCAAAGUCCUAACCAAUCCGCAUUUCUCAUCCGAAAACCGUUUUCCACAAUCAUCACCAUACAAAACACUCAAAACCAGCCAACAGAGGAAUAAUUUAAACAACAGCCCUUCUAAUCCUCCAAAAUACAUAGCAAUGCAUGCCCAACCUCAUUAUGCUACAGCUCAAAGAAUCCCAACGUACAAAAGCCCAGCAACCAGCAUACGUUCUUCACCAGCUCAGAACAAUAGCAGUUCAUCAAUGGUGUCGUUUUCAAGCCCUCUCAUCAUGCAAAAACCUCUAACAACCAAUUUGGGCAACUAUACCACUACAAAGAUUACUCCUGCAGAUAUUUCCACGCCAAUAUUUGAACCAAAAUACAGCAGUAACUCUCCUUUACUUAAUCUUCAUGGUUCUUCAACAACCCGAGAACCAGAGAUGAGAUAUGCUGAUGUCACUUCCCUGAUGACAUCAAAGGCCCCUGGGCUAACAAAUAGCACAUAUUCCAGUACAACGCCAAUCCGAACUCAAUUUAAUCGAAUCUCACAGAUGUCUGCAAAGUGCCAUUCUAAAGGCAUACUCAAAAAUAACAGCUCCAGCAGUCAAAGCUCCAUAGAGACGCAUUCCUCCAACACUCAGUACCCUGUGUAUGAAAGUAUUGAUGACUUGCGCUAUAUUGAUGACACGUCGAGUGAAACAUCUUCCUUCAUGGAACAAAAAUUAAAUGGUCCUGAAGAUCCCAACAGAAGCAGACCACCUAAUAGCCACAACAUCCACAGAGUAAGUGGCACUGCUGUCUCUGCGGUUUUAUAGUCUCUUCUUCUCCUAUUUAAAUCUUCCAGCAAGACUGAGCUAAAUAUCUACAAGCAUCCAAACUCUGAAACUUCAAAGCGUUUUUUAGAAUCCAAGUGUUGGAAAUAUUAAACGUUUAACCCUUCGGCAUUCAUAUUAUUGUAUCAAAU